CCUGAGCUGGAACUUGAAGUGGGACCGGGUGCGUUGCUGAGUCGUUUUACAACCGUCGAAGGCCUUCUGACUGCCACAAAAGAACAACUCGAGCAACAAGGCAGUUUUAUGCUCGGUGACAGUGCUCUGCCAGAAGCGAAUACCACGAUGUCAGAGUUCUUGCAACGAUUCGAUGAGAUGAUCGCACUGAAGAGGAAAGUGCAUUUGGUACUCGACGACCCAGCUGGCAAUAGUUAUAUACAGGUCGGUUGGCGGGCGAUUCAUUCCGUUUUUCUGGCUGUUAAUGAGACGAUUCGUAUAGUUUGA